CAAUCCUCCGUCCCUUCCCUUCGACCCGGUCUUUCUCCUCCGCUUCGACUCACCACUUCCAUAUCCUCACUGGGAUAACAGUCUGCCCAGCAUGAUGAACAGCGUGCGCAGCCGUGUCGCGGCUUUCUCCACCGCCUGGACCCCCCGCGUCGUCGCCCGGGCCAGCUACUCGACCACUGUCCCUCGUUUCACGGAGAACACCAUGCACGCCAACGAUCCGACCCCGCCCAAGCCUGUCCAGAACGUCUCGGCCACCAAUGCCACCCCCGUAGACUCGAUGGGCGCCUGGGACAAGCCUUUGCAGGAGUCGCCCAAGGCUGCGGAGCGCACCCGCGUGCUCCAGGCUCCCAACCGGGCCACCACCUGGGCCGCCAGCCAGCAACCUAGAGAGAAGGCUAUGGUUGGCCCUCGCUUCGAGCAGACGAUCAUGGAGAUGCAGCCCCAACCCCACGCCGCCAUCGAGCUCAUUCACAAGCAGCCCGUGCGCUGGACGAAGAAGAGAGUCGUCGAGUGUGACGGCGGCGGCGGUCCCCUCGGCCACCCCCGGAUCUUCAUCAACACCGACAAGCCCGAGAUUGCUACUUGCAACUACUGCGGUCUUCCCUUUGCUCACGAGCAGCACCGCUCAUACCUCGAGUCCCUCCCCGCCACCAGCUACCCCCUCAAGCCUCUGGGUGACGCUGCCGAGGUGAACGAGACCCAGCGUGUGACUGAUAAUGCUUUCGAGCAGCGGUAAAGAUUGUUUGUUUUUGUUUUGGCGUUGAUGAUCUGUUUUUUUUCCCCUUGGUUGUGUGUUUGUACAGAUGUAACAGACAAUGAAGUUGUUAGAACAUUCUUCUCCGGGGAAGUGCCAUUGUGCUGUUAUGGUCUUUAGUGACUACAGCUGUU